AUGUCUGACCACCAGCAGCAAUGCAAGCAGCCCUGCCAACCUCCUCCUGUGUGCCCACCCACAAAGUGCCCAGAGCCUUGUCCUCCUCCAAAGUGCCCUGAGCCUUGUCCUCCUCCAAAGUGCCCAGAGCCUUGUCCUGAGCCAUGUCCUCCUCCCUCAUGCCAGCAGAAAUGCCCUCCUGUGCAACCUCCUCCACCCUGCCAGCAGAAGUGCCCACCCAAGAGCAAGUGA